GCAUGUGCUCGUUUCACAGCAAAACAUAAGCAAAAGAUGAUGAACACUCAGCUCGGGAAGCUAGAGAAACUUUCAAUUGAUGGAGAAGAAGAUGCUUUGUUUGCCAUGCAACUGGCUACAAUUUCAAUACUCCCUGUGGUGCUGAGGACAACUUUGGAGCUUGACUUGCUAGAAAUAAUGGCAGAAAAGGGUGAAGGGGGUCAGUCGUCUGCUUCUGAGUUAGCCUCUCGUCUUCCGACAAAGAACCCAGAUGCUCCAAGCAUCGUGGAGAGGAUGCUGCGGCUUCUGGCUAGUUACUCAAUCCUCACUUGUUCUACUGUCACCGAUGAACAAGGAAAUGCUCAGAAUUUAUAUGGUCUGGCUCCUGUUUGCAAGUUCUUCACAAAAGACAUCGAUGGAGUUUCUCUUGCUCCUUAUGCCAUCUCUCUUAUGUCCAGACCUGCUAUUGGUUCUUGGUUUCAUCUAAAGGAGGCAGUAUUGGAAGGAGUCUCCCCAUUUGAAAAGGCAAAUGGAAUGGGUAUCUUUGAGUUUGUGAGAAGGAAUAAAACUAUUUUCAAUGAGUCAAUGUACAACCAUACCAUGAUUGUCAUGAAAAAAUUCCUUGAGAAAUACAAAGGGUUUAAGGGUCUCCAUCAGCUGGUUGAUGUGGGUGGUGGCCUUGGGGCUAAUCUUAGUUUAAUUGUCUCCAAAUACCCUCAAAUUAAGGCCAUUAACUUUGAUUUGCCUCAUGUUGUUCAUGAUGCACCUCCUUGUCCAGGAGUAAAGCAUGUUGGAGGAGAUAUGUUUGCCAAUAUUCCAAAAGGAGAAGCAAUUUUCAUGAAGUGGAUACUUCACGAUUGGGACGAUGAUCAAUGUCUGAAAAUACUGAAAAAUUGCUACGAUGCAUUGCCUGAAUUUGGAAAAGUGAUAGUGGUGGAAUCUGUAAUUCCAGAAUUUGUAGAAACAGAUGUUUUAUCAAGAAAUGUGUUCAAAUUAGACAUCAACAUGUUAAUAGCAAUCCCAGGAGGAAAGGAGAGGACAGAGAAAGAGUUCGAGACUUUGGCCAAAGUUGCUGGAUUUGCUGCUGUCAAACUUAUUGAUCGUGCUUAUAGCUACUCCAUUCUUGAAUUCUACAAGAGGCCAUAACCAGUUUAUCUAUACCUAUUUUAUUUUCUGUAUUUUGUAAUUUUCUGCAUUUGGUUCUUAUCUUUUUCUCUUAUGUUGUAUGUCUAAUUGAUAUUUAUAAUAUGCAUUUUGCUUGUUUCA